UUCUAAUCGCUACUUGUCUCUCCUAAUCUUCACAGACGCGGAGAGAGAGAGAGAGAAGAUGAAGGGGUUCACAAGCGUGAGUACGAAGGGAGACAUAGAGGAGGGGACUCUGUACCCUGGUAUAGGGUACGGAGAGAACCAACUCCGUUGGGGUUUCAUUCGCAAGGUCUACGGAAUCCUUGCCGCCCAGAUCGUCCUCACCACCGCCGUCUCCUCUGUCACCGUCCUAUAUUCACCCAUCAAUGACCUCCUCAGGGGAAAUUCCGGCCUCUUGCUCUUCCUCCUCUUCUUACCCCUCCUCUUGUUGUGGCCCUUGCACAUUUAUCAGCAAAAGCACCCACUGAAUUUGGUUUUCCUUGGACUCUUUACCGUGUCCCUGAGUCUCACUGUUGGCGUGAGCUGUGCCAAUACAGAAGGAAGAAUUGUGCUCGAAGCUUUGAUUUUGACAUCAGCUGUGGUUGCAUCUCUGACUGGAUACACUUUCUGGGCUUCUAAGAGGGGCAAGGACUUCAGCUAUCUGGGACCAAUCUUGUUCACCAGCCUCAUGGUGCUCUUCUUGACCGGGUUUAUUCAGAUGUUCUUCCCACUUGGAUCUACAUCUGUUGCCAUCUACAGUGGAAUCAGUGCCAUUAUUUUCUCUGGCUAUAUCGUUUAUGAUACAGACAACCUGAUUAAGCGAUUUACAUAUGAUGAGUACAUUUGGGCAUCAGUCACCCUUUAUCUGGAUAUUCUGAACCUCUUUCUUACCAUUAUGCGGAUGUUGAGAUCAUCAGACAAUUAGGAGCAUGAUGUACUUAAUCCAUCCGGCUCUGGCCUGGACUCUAUGUUAUGAUGAUCUGUUUACCUUAUCCUGUAGCAAGUAUACAGACUAAUCAUUUUGCUUAGUACUUAUUUUCUUUACUGGUAAAUAGACUGUUGCGACUCACCCACCGAGUCUUUUAUGUUUUCUUCGAUUGUGUGUUCGUUUGAUAAACAUCUUUGAAAGUCAAUGAAGAUUGGCCGGACAUGUGUGGUUAUUCUUCUGUAUUGGUGUCCACUGAUUUUCCUUUUCGUUCAAUGUUUUCUUUCAUUCCUUAUGCCUAAAAUAUGAGGGCUUCAGGUCUACCAGAGACCCAGAUUACCAAACUUUACAAAGCUGCAACCUCUUGAUUUCUCAUGCCAUGCCUUGUGAAUUACCUGAAUAAGGUACAUCCAGCAACAGUUGUGUAUACAGGAGUUAAAUGGUACAGCCUGGUGGAUUGGAAUUUUUACUGAGCUGGAAUAAUAUCUGUU